ACAACAACAACAACAACAACAACAACAACAACAACAACAACAACAACAACAACAACAACAACAGCAACAACAUAUAUACAACUAUUUCACCUUGAACUCUUCGCACGUCUUUUCUUGACCCUUCAGUCUCAAUUCAUCACCCACACUCCCUAGUAUGAUAAAAAACAUUGGCAAGCUGAAGCAGUGGACGGGAGAAAAGAUCGGCAAGGCUCAAAGGACUCGGAUGGACGAGGACUUCGAGACUCUUCAGACCGAGACUGAGGCCAAGCGAGUGGCCCUCGAAAAGUUGAGUGAGGUUUCUCAUGCGUACCUGAAAGCUAUCAGUAAACGAGUCGAAGGCGACGAUAAGUACAAAGGCUUGGCGAUCGAGACGUUCGGGAUAAGCAUGUCCACUCAAGCGCAUGCUCUUCGCGAGGACUCGACCUACAGGGAGGCACUGCUGCAGAUGGGGGAAGCACAUCAGAACAUCGGAUUGGCGCAAAGCGAACUGAUCAGUCGAUUCGGGAGCACGUACAUUGAAUGCUUAGAGAGGGAGCAGGCUCAAAUGAAAGAAUACCAGACCCUGCAAAAGAAAUUACAAUCACGGCGACUAGAUUACGAUGCCAAGUUGGCCAAGGUUCAAAAGGCCAAAAAGGAGAAGCCGGAGUGGGAAGAAGAGAUGCAGGCCGCAAAAGCAAAGUACGAGGAAACUCGAGAAUGUAUCCUUGGAGUCAUGACAGCCAUCAACGAUGCACAAGAUGAAAACGUCCACAGCCUGAAAAUGUACUAUGAAGCCCAGCUGGCGUUCGCUCGCAAGACGGUCGAGAUACUGGAGGCAAUUCUCGAAAGCGCAUUCGCAACCCCAAGCGGACCACGUACCAAGCAUACAGCAGGACAAUCGCUUAGAUCUUUCAGACAGAGUUCUAUCGAUCCCGACGAGGAGCACUCGGGCCAUUCCGAUGACCACUCCAGUGUCCAUUCUGUAACAACAGGGCGCCGCCUGGAUCAGUCAAGAUCUAUCUCUGAUCUGCGUCGCCACCCAGGCAACCAACGCAACGCGCCAGAGCUUGGUCGCUCAGCCUCACAUCUUACCCUCAACACAAAAACAGCGCAUUCGAGAAAUGGAAGCACUGGGAGCAGCAGAGCGAGUGGAUUCUGCGCUCUAAGUGCAUCACCGACAUUACUACCUCAGGUGCGACCACAGAAGCAAGUGAGGGCUCUUUACAAUUUUGAGGCAACUGGAGAAGGAGAGCUGUCUUUUCAAAAGGGCGAUAUUGUUCGGAUCAUCGAGGAGAUUGACGAGGGCUGGUGGGAGGGCGAGAUGGUGGACGCGAGCGGAAUGCGGCACGAGGGCAUGUUUCCAUCGAAUUACGUGGAGGAGGUUUUCAGUGACACUGAGUCAGGAAGACAACGACAGGGAUCACUCAACUCAGCGACAUCUAAUAGUGGUCAAUAUGCAGAUGAGGAAGAGGCAGCGUAUUAUGAACGUGCAUCAGAGCCGACCGGCUACCCUGAUGAGCCCGAGUAUGCGGUGCCAGAGCCCGAGCCAGAGGUAUCCAUCCAUGCCUCAGCAGUACGACGCGCUCCCCCACCACCUGUCAGGAAUCCACAGGUACUGCCAGUUGCACAGAACGGACUCACUGCUCCCGCCAACCUCGCGAUAGCAUCAGUACGAGCUACACCUCCUCUUAUCCGACCCUCCUCUGGAGUAGCGCCGUUGAGCAAACCCAUUGGCUCUAGAGCACCACCCCCACCCCCGGGAGCGCGACGCACAGGAGGCGAUUCACUUCGACAGAGCGUGGUCUUUAAUCAUACAACUGCACCCAUAGCAGGAGUCUCGCCGCCGGCAGCGCCUUCUACUCCAGGCAUGGGCUACAUUCCUAAGGAUUACUUCGUCAGUAAAGCAGCGGAUGUAGCAGAUACAGAGGUGGGCCCUUGUCGAGAGUGCCAGUGCACAGAGUUUAGUCCUAAUGUGUUCAAGCGAGGGUCGUGCAACAACUGCUUCCAUGCACAUUAAAAGAUGAAAAAGAAAAC